UACCGCUGACCUUGCGCUCAGACCGUCGGCGGGAACUUUGAAAAACAACAUGGCUAAAUCUAAAGACAACAUCGAGGAAUCAAAGUUCCUGAACUCGCCAAAAGUUGAGCUCAUUGAGUUUUUCCGCCCUUACAAAAACGAAGUCAAUCUUUAUGUCACCAACUUAUCAAGGCGGCUUGAGAAAGAAAUGGUGCAAGUGAAACUGUUAGAGAUAUUCUCCCAGUUCGGCUUGAUCUACGAAGUACAAGUGAUGGACUCAUCAGAUAAUUCAGAAGCUUCAGAGGAGAUCAAUUCAAACUGUGCUUCUUCAUAUGCAUUUGUCAAGUUUUAUUCCGCAAGGGAAGCAAGAAGGGCAAAGGAAAGCACACAUGGAAAGUGGAUUCUAGGAGGACAGUUUUUGAAGUUGGAUAAACUUGAGAAUAGGUCAGAAACAGAAGAUAGCCAGGAAAAAACGAAUGCUGUUUAUAGAUGUGUAGUAAGGCUGGAGAUAAAAGAUUGUGAAUUCUUCUGUGAAGGCACUGGAUAUGGUGGAGAUAAAAACAUACUGGAACAAGAAAGAGACCCCACUAAAAAGAUGGAAUUGCUAGGAUAUGCAAAGAAACUUGCUCACAGACAUGCUUAUGAAAAUGCAUUCAAAAGAGUUAUUAUUAUAAGUUUGGACAAUGGUAAAGUAGGAGUCGAGAUAAAUAUGCAAGAUAUCCCAGAGUGCAGUCUUGAUGAAUCAGGAGAGGAGGGAAUAGUUCAAAUAAAUUAUUUGGAAGAAAUGCUGUUUAGUGAUUCAGAGGACGAGAAAAACUCAGAGAUUGAAUUUCAGGACACAAGUAACACUCUACUUGAUACUCAUGUUAUUGAUGUUUCCAGCUGAAACUUUAUACUUUUCAGUCAAUGUCAUGAACCCUUUACAUUUUACCCUAAUGAGUUACCAAUACAGAAUAUUUCAUUACAAGAUCAAUACUAUUGCAGCAGACAAGUAACACUAAUAAUAAUAAUAAUAAUAAAACAAUUAGGGAAUAAUUAGGUGAUGCAAUACUAAACUCUCCAAACUAAUAUCAUAAGAAUUGUAUAGCAGACAGUGAGGAGAAUUACUGAUGACAUCUUGGAAGUGAAAGGGUUAAUAGGAAAUUGUUGAAUUGGAGGUUAUAUUAGUGUUACUAAUUUUACUUUUGAUAGUUACUGUAUUUCCUUGAAUAAAUGCCCAUGCUCUGAUAA